AUGGACAAGGCAUCCUUGAUGGAUCGCCUGAACCAAGCCUCCGAUCUUGUUGAUACCAUCAGGGUUGGCCCCAACCGCCUUGCUAGGGCCCUCUCCUUUGCUUCACAGACUCACCAGUCCAAUGAAUCCGUGCGUUUGAUUACCAACGAAGCAGCAUCCAUGCAACAUUACCUCCAAAACUCCGAACUAUUGGUGGGUAUUACUUUUCCUUCUUGUAAGCGCAGUGGAACCAGCAGCAUGAACAAUGGACAAAGCAAGCUAUUGCGUCAAUUAGAAAAGCUGCAAGCUACGGGCAGGAUUUUUUUGUUGGCUCAAGGGUUAGGGAGAAAGGAGUUGGAAGAUUCUGGUGUUCUUAAUGAGUCUCUUCGGUCAAGAAGUAAUUCUUGGGGCCUCCACAUGCCUUUGGUUUGUCCGGAUGGUGCUGUUGUUGCAUAUGCAUGGAAACGCCAGCUUGCUGGGCAAGCUGGUGCAUCUGCCGUUGACAGGACCAGGUGUGUUCCAAAACUUUAA